AAUAAAUUAUCAGCGAUUUAAAUUUUUUUUUUAUUUGUUUCCACGAGUAAUCAGCGAGACUGCAGAUAACGUAGAACUCAUCACCGAAGGACUGCGAUAAUAAUCGAAACUACCGCCACCACCACUCAAUAAUAUUAAAGCAUAAAUACGUUAAUAUGUUCAUUAGUAGACUAACAGCUCGCACGCCGGUCAUCUGCAUUCCGUCGCUGUUGACAGCACUAAGGAAACGUUUAGAAUUCUUCGAAGGUAUGAGCCACUUGUCGCACGUGUCCACGGAUUUGGCGGGCCCAUCGGUCGGGAUCUACAGCCAAGCAGUUAAGUACGGUGAUACAGUUUACUUGUCAGGCACCUUAGGCUUGGACCCUUGUACUGGUAAGCUGGUUGAAGGCGGUGCUGCACCUGAAAUAAAAAAAGCAUUGGAAAAUAUUAAGCAUGUCCUGGAAGCAUCUCAAUCGUCUUUCAGUUCAAUCGUUAAGACCACGGUUCUGUUAGCUGACAUAAAAGACGGCCCGACGGUGAACGAGAUUUACAAGCAAUUUUUUGUGCCGCCAUAUCCGGCUAGAGCAAUGUUUCAAGUGGCCAAAUUGCCUUUAGACGCCAAAGUCGAAAUAGAAGUGAUCGCCGCGGUUAACAAGUAACCACAAUAAGAAGAUUUAUUUUAAUUUUGUUUGUUAAAAUGUUUUAUGAACUUGCUACGAGAAACGGAAAUAAUCUAAAUAUGUUAUUUACAAUAUAAAACGUGCUGUAUACACACAAAAGCGAGGAUUUAAUGCAUAUUCAGGGGAUAGAAGUGUUUGUCUGGUACAAUUGGAAAUGUGACAAAUCCAUAGCUUUUAUUUUACUUUCUUAAAUGUCUUACGGAGGAUUUUAAAUAAAAAAAUGCAGUAGAAUAAUA